UAUAUAGAUAUCAUACAUCAUCCAAAAUGGAUCGAAGAAAUAAAAUAAUAUGGGGUUUACUUACGUUCUUGAUCGUGUUUGAAGGCCGUCAAUUCGUCUCACCGACCAUACAUACUAUAUUUAACACCAGUGACACAUCACUUCCGAAAGAGAGGAUUUUUAAAACCGUAUCAGAGACGAAAGAUGUUAUCCAUCUUGGUGAUGAACCUAAGAUUAUAGACCUCAAAGAAAAGACAUUGCUUAUUUAUUCCAUUAACUCUUCAGCUAAUUUAAGUUUUCUGGUUGUGCAAGCACAUACCCAGUACCAAAGUCUUUCUCUUUCUCUUUCAACACGUGAUGGCCUGCAAACGAACACUAAUUCUGACACAGCUGUAUUGAAAAUCAUCUCAUACCCCUGGGGAAUUUAUACCACGAAUGUAAUCUCCUACCACCAGAAUGGAACAGACUACGUUCUCAGACCUCCAAAUGCUACAAAAGUAAAGACCUUGGUUGCUGGUGUAUCCUCAGUUGGUAGAGCUCCAAUACCAGGGGGAUGCUGCCUUACUUGCAGUCUUUCGAUAGAUCCCAACCUUUUUAUAAACAGUAGACGCUACUACAAGACUGUUUUAUCGUUUUCUUUGGCGAACGUCUAUGAUUACCAUACGUCGGACUGCAGCGGUGAGCCUAUUUCCGAACCAAAACACUAUCGGUUGAAGUAUUCCAUUUACCAGUAUUUUCUGGAGGAAGGAAAUCUGGAUGAUGACGAGUUAUUUGAUGGCAUUUCAAAAAUGUUGACGUAUUCAAAAGUUAAGGAAAACGGAGACAAGAUUCGUGAGUGGGAUCCAAAAACAGAUUCACCAUCUGUCGUAUUCGACACUGAGCGAGGUCAGGGAAUAGUAUUCAAUGUUCUCGUUUUUGAUCCGCUAACUAACGACGAAUCCGUGUAUUCGCCUGUGGCAACAUAUGGUUGCAGUUUUACCGCAAAAGUCGACGGAUGUGACUCACUGGGUUCAAUUGCAAAUCUUGUUUUGGCAUCAUGUGGCGCUCUCUUUGGCUUAUUUAUUUGCUUCUUUGGUUUGCGAUUCUACAGAUUAUACAUUCUUGGCAGCGGGCUCACGUUAUUUUCGUUCAUUGGAUUUGUAGUGCUGACCAUUGAUACAGAAUGGAGUCACGAUGUGCGGAUGAUUGGAAGUGUGUGUAUAGGCAUCGUAGGGGGACCGCUUAUAUACUUGCUCUGGUGGUGGACAGGAUACAAAUACCCUGUGCUCUAUAUAUGUGGUUUACCUUUUGGUUUUCUUGUUGGUGCUUUGGUGUUUUUUACACCAUUCGGAAACCUGUAUUACUGGAAGAAUGACGUUAAUUACUGGGCUGUGUUUUUUUGUAUAACAAUCACCACCCCGUGUUUUUUUCUUCUCACUUUAAAAACGUUUGCUAUAUCGGUGUGUUCUUUGGUCGGGGCUUAUGGAUUCAUAGUAGGUAUCGAUAUAUAUGUGAAGUCUUCCAUGACAUAUAUAAUACUCAAUGUUAUCAUGAGGGCUACAGUGGAUGAUUUCGUUAAAUACGAUGUGCCAUUUCAAUCUAAAGAUUAUAUACUUUCUGCAUCCUGGGGUGUUAUAGCAGUUCUAGGCUUGAUUGUGCAGUUUUAUAUGUCAAAAGGAAAACCUGUUUUGCCACACGAGGUUCCGCGUAAGAAACGAGAACGCGAGAGGACUCGUAGACAGGCAUGUGUAGCUGCAGUGCGCAGAUCUCCUGUAGUAAACAAUGGAGACGACCCUCUGCCCGUAUUAGUAAAUUCCAGACAUGGAAAUAGAACAAUAUUUUUCGACGACUUUGAUGAUGAUCAUGAACAGACACCAAUACUGGUUGAAUCACGCUCUCGUGUCCCCCAAACCAAAGGAGUCGGGCAAUAUUCAACAAAAUAUGGAACUAAUGUCGUUUGCUAAAAAUUGUCUCAAGCGGGUGGGAUUGCAUACUGCUGAUUGCAUAUGGGAUGUUGCUCUUGGCCUUAUAGGUCAAGUACGGUAGAUAGCAUUCCAAACUCAAAAAGGGGACGUUUCUUCCAAAGGCGUUUAGCUUAAACGGUAGAUAAGUUCAAAUGGAAAACAAAAUUAUUUAUUUA